GAGUGAUUCAGUCUACCAUAUUGCUGUUGCAGCAUUUAUUUAUUUAUUUUUAAAAAAAUCCUCCUUCAAUCAGGAAAAUGUCUGCUGUACUAGCGUCCUCAAUAUAGAUGCAAAGAUGAAGAAUGUAUAAAAGGAUUACAAGAGAAAGAAAGAGACAGAGUAUGCAGUUGGAAGCCACAAUAUGGCAGCAAAAUCUAAGAAAGGACUAAAAAGCUCCAUUGAUGAUGUCCUUGGUGACCUCCUUGGUGAUGAUGAUGACAUUCCGCUUAAAUCUAGCAAACCCGCUUCAUUUGGUAGCAGUAGAGGGAGAGCCAGAGGAAUCACCUCACAGACUAACAAAAAGAGUCUUCUGGAUGAUGACUUCUUCAGCAAAGUGGGUCUUGAGGAAGGCGCAGAUGCAGAGGAUCCUGAUAUCUCAGAUGUAGAUCCCGAUGCUCUUCUGGAGACCUUGAAGGAUAUGGAUGACAUGGAAGCUGAUCUGCUGGGCAUAAAGAAAACAAGCUCUGGUCCUGUUCAGAAACCUGUGAAGAAUGUGGCAAAAACUCAGCCUUUAAAUGACCCAGCAAGAUCUGCCAAGAAAACAACUGUCUCUGAGAAAGGGGAUUCUGUAAGUGGAAUAAAAAAGGCUCCAAGCUCUACUCCCACCACCUCCAGGCAGCUGAAACAGAAGUUCUCCUUGGAAGAUAUGGAUGACCCUUUGGCUGGUCUUUUGUCUGAUGAAGAAGAGAGCACAGUGAAGAAAGCACAUUCUUCUGUCACCAAAAAUACCCCAGAAACAAAUGCUGGAACCCCUAAAGAGAAAGCUCCUGGCUAUGCUGUUGUCCCUGAUCGAAAAAGGGAGGAGUUAACAUUUGACGAUGAUGGGGAUGAUCUCAUGGAUGCUCUGGGGUUUGGUGAGAACUUGAAGGCAGAAUUAAAAUCUGACAAAAAGGGUGAAGUAGGGGAGCCUCGUCCUGCCCGAUCCAUGCUUGAUGAAUUGCUGGGACGAGGAACGGCAAAGAAACUCCUGGAGCAAUCAAACAUGGGAGAACACAAGGAGUUCAAACUGGAUAAGAAAUAUCAAAAGCAGGCAGAUAAUGAGGACUCUCUGGGAGACGAUUUCACUUUUGGAGCCUACCAACCCACCAUGGCCUCAACUCCAGAGGGACGGCAGUCAAGACGACAGUCUGUCAGGUUUUCCUCGGAGAACCUCAGUGAACUGAAAACAGACCAGAGGUCGAAGCCAUCCACCCCAGCAUCUGGCAGCCCCAUACGCAGCAAGACUGGAGCUGAUUGGCUGGGGCUGAAAGAUGAAGAUUUUGACUUGCCGCCUCCAUCUCCAUUAAAAGAAUCCAGCAAGAGUGGCGUAAGAGGAGUUACACUGGAUAUGCCACCUGGCUCUUCUGAUGCUGAGCACCCUACACCUACCAGCCAGCUCCCUUCUAGAUCCAAGCCAGUGAUUGAAGCAGUAGCACCAAAGCCUGAACCAAGUGAGGAAGACAGUGACAGCUGGCUAAGUAAUGUCUUAUCUCAGAAGAAAUCUCGAGCACAGGAGAAAGGGAAGGAGAAGAGUCCUGGGGCCCCUGAUUCUCGGAUACAGGGAGAGGAGGUGGCUCCCAUCACUCUCACCACCCAACAUGAUACCUCUGCACAAAGACAUUUGCAAUCUGUUGUCCCAGGAGAUAGACCUGCCAGACUGGAAGAACCUGAGUCUUCCAUGCCUUGGUUAAAAUCUCAGGAACAAGACACUCCUGCUUUUCCAUUAGAUCCCAGGAAAGGGACUCCCUUUGGAGACACAAGUACAACAGCGCCUGCAGCAUUUUUGCAAGGACACCAAGAAGCUCUCAGGAUUCCUGUGUGCUCUCAGCUCCUGCACCCAGAACCCCACGCACUAAGCUCACCAAAUAUUGGUGAAUAUGAAAAAGGGCUGGCCAGAGUGCAAGCCCAGCUGCGUGGGAACCUGGCAAGCUACCAGGCCGAGCUAUUGAGUGCCCAGACUCGCCUUGCUGAGCUGGAAGUUCAGGCAAGGCGGCUGGAGCUGGAGAAGAAUCAGCAGAAACUGUUGUUAGAAAGUCUGCAACAGCGCCAUCAAGAGGACUUGGAGCUCAUUGAGAAUGCUCACAGGAACCGUGUGAAAGUGAUUGAAGACUCGUACCGCCAGCGUGAGGACCGUCUCCGGCAAGAGAACCAAGAGUUGGCAGAACAAUACUUGUCUCGUUGCCAGAGUGCAGAGCAGGCCAAAUCAGAGAUGCUAGCCCAGCACCAGCGCCGACUCACAGACCUGGAGCAGGAGAAGGCCAAGGAGACUGAGCGGCUGCAGGAACUUCAGCGGAUGUCCAUCCUGCAAAUGCGCAAAGACCAUGAAGAGCAGCUUCAACGGUUGAAACAACUAAAGACUCAGGAGAUCGACGCAGUGACCAGUGCCACCUCUUACACCAGGUCUUUGAAUGGCAUCAUAGACCAGAUGGAGAAGUUCUCCAGCAACCUGAAUGAUAUUGCCAACAAAGUGGAGGCCACUCACAACACCACACACCAAGGACUUGAGAUCGGGGCUCGCCAAAGGGAUGAACAGCUCAGGGUUCUGCAAGACCGUCUGACCCGGCAGCAGAGAGACAUGGAAGAUGAGCGAGGCCGGCUGCAGGAAGUCGUCUCUAAAAUGGAGGCCAGGCUAAAUGAGCAGACCCGCCUUCUGGAGCAGGAACGCUGGAGAGUGACAACAGAGCAAUCCAAAGUGGACUCUUUACAGCACUCACUAGAGGAACAGAGAAGGGUCAUGACCCAGCAGCUGACCAUGGAAAGGGAAGAGCUAGAGAGGGCAAAGAAUUCUCUGCUUGACGAACAGAAGUCAGUAAUGCAGAAGUGUGCCGAAGAGCGCCGUAAACUUGCUGCGGAAUGGUCAGAGCUCCAUACCCAACAGAGGCUGAGCAAAGAGCGCACAGAGCGGGAGGUUGACCGGGCCCUGCAGAUUGACUCGCAGAGAGAAGGGGCCAUCAUGAGCCUUGCAAAGGAACAAGCGGACCUGAAAAUCAAAGCUAAUGAAUUGAGAUCCAAAGAGGAGCAGUUGGCUAGAGAUCGAGAAAUCUUGGAGCAAGAGAAACAGGAGCUGAGACUGGAAAAGGAAAGAGUUAAUGCAGCAGCUUUGCACAUUAAGCAGAGGGCAGACGAAAUCAACAGCAUGAGCAAGUUAUCCUCCGAGAAGUAUGAAGAUGGGGAGAGAGCCCUCCAGGAAGCAAGGAAGGUGGAGUCCGAGCAUCAAGGAAGGCUGCGCGUUGUGCAGCAGCAGAUGGAACGGCUCAAGCAGCAGGAGGAACAUCUGCACCAGGAACGUCUCAGUUUGUCUCAUCAGAGGAGGCAACUUGAACAGCUGCGGGUGGGACUUCCAAGCAAUCUACUGCUAUUCCAGACCACGCCCCAAGUGCCACUGUCGUAUGCUCAAGCCAACGUAACCUCCAAUGCGCACUAUUUGCCUCUUCCUGUUCCUGAUCUAGCUAAAGUCAACCCUGGCAAUACUGCAGCUUCCCAGGUCCUCCCAAGGUCAGGACCAGCAGAUCUCUAUGCCAAACUUGUGCUGCAUAAGCUUACAGCAGAAAGAGAUCAUGAUUUCUUGGAAGAAGAGCAAUUCUUCUUAGAAACCUUGAAGAAAGCUUCGUACAAGACUUCAUUCCAGUCAGUAUGAGAGCAGAUGAGUCCUGGAAACAGCCCUGUCUGGAUAGGAGUUUUCUCCUAAUAAAGCUGAAUUUUAUCACUUUGAAUGGUUAAAAAUGCUUUUGUGGGGUAUUCAAUAUGUAAAUAACUGUCAACCUCUACUUUGGCAGGAAUUAUAAAAUGUAAAAUAAAUCUUUCUUUUAAAUUUUCUGUAAACCCUUGCUUUUG